CCAGGGAGGAGUGGAAAGAGGAGGAUCAGGUGAGGGAGGAGCAGUGGGAGGGACGGGAGAGGAACAGGGUGGAGGAGUGGGCUGAGGGAGAAGGGGAGGUCCGCUGUGACGUGGUGGAACAAGACCCGGAUGAACAGAUAUACAAUGGAAGACCUGAACCCAUUCUGGACCACCACCACCCUCAUCACCUCCACCCUCCCCCUCUGCAAGACACCCACGACGAUGAUGAUGAGGAGGAGGAGAGUGAGGACUACUGCCCUAAUGAGGAGGAAGAUGAGGAAGGGGACGAGGAGGACAGACAUGGCAGGUCCUACACCGGAGACUACUAUGUACCGGAGGACAAUGGGAACUCGGUGCAAGUCUCUCCAUACCGCAGCCGGAAGGUGCUGGUGGUGGAGGGGGAGACGGGGGAGGAAGCAGAGGAGGACAUUGACCAAAUAGUUGCAGAGAUCAAGAUGAGUAUGAGCAUGGGGAGUCUCAGCAGCUGCACUGACCAAAGCCCGGAGGAGCUGGCACAGGACCCCGCUCCAAGCGACUACUCUCACCCCAAACCUGACCCAGCCCCUUACCCACCAGCCCACCACCGCCAUGACAGCAGGCCCAAGUCCCUGAACCUGCCGUCCAUGCAUCACAACAACCCAGAGCUGCAGAGGGGGAUCAAAGUACAUGCACGCUCCCCUGAAGACCGGCAGAGAUGGCAACAGGAGCAGGUGAGCAAUGGUGCAGAGCAACCCAGAAAACAACAACGCUCCGACCUCAACGUCCCCCUGGAGAACAACAAUGUACCAGAGCCAACAAAGAAGGUUGCAUCCUUCCCAAGCUUUGUUGACGUCCCAGGACCCUGUGAGCCAGAAGACCUGAUUGAUGGAAUUAUCUUUGCUGCUAACUACCUGGGCUCCACUCAGCUGCUGUCUGAGAGGAACCCCUCCAAGAACAUACGCAUGAUGCAGGCCCAGGAGGCUGUCAGCAGGGUCAAGAGGGUACAGAAGGCUGCCAAAAUCAAGAAAAAGGCGAGUGCAGACGGGGAUGCUACAACCCUGACUGAGGUCGACCUGUUCAUCUCCACCCAGAGGAUCAAAGUCCUCAAUGCAGACUCACAGGAGACGAUGAUGGACAACGCGCUCCGCACCAUAUCCUACAUUGCUGACAUUGGGAACAUCGUCGUGCUGAUGGCAAGGCGCAGGAUGCCACGCACGGCCUCGCAGGACUGCAUCGAAACUACACCAGGGGCACCGGAGGCAAAGAAGCAGUACAAGAUGAUAUGCCAUGUCUUUGAAUCUGAAGAUGCCCAGCUCAUCGCUCAGUCCAUCGGCCAGGCGUUCAGCGUCGCCUACCAGGAGUUCCUGAGAGCCAACGGCAUCAACCCUGAGGACCUGAGCCAGAAGGAGUACAGCGACAUCAUCAACACGCAGGAGAUGUACAAUGACGACCUCAUUCACUUCUCCAACUCCGAAAACUGCAAAGAGCUGCAGCUGGAGAAGAGUAAAGGGGAGAUCCUGGGCGUGGUGAUUGUGGAGUCUGGCUGGGGUUCCAUCCUGCCCACUGUUAUCUUAGCCAACAUGAUGAACGGCGGGCCAGCCGCUCGCUCUGGCAAGCUCAGCAUCGGAGACCAGAUCAUGUCCAUCAACAACACCAGCCUCGUGGGGCUGCCACUCGCCACCUGUCAGGGAAUCAUUAAGGGCUUGAAGAACCAGGUUCAGGUGAAAAUGAACAUUGUAAGCUGUCCUCCUGUUACCACUGUCCUCAUCAAGAGACCGGACUUAAAGUAUCAGCUGGGCUUCAGCGUCCAGAACGGCAUUAUAUGCAGCCUAAUGCGAGGAGGCAUCGCUGAGCGAGGGGGCGUCCGAGUGGGUCACCGGAUCAUAGAGAUCAACGGGCAGAGCGUGGUGGCCACAGCACACGAAAAGAUCGUUCAGGCCCUCUCUAACUCUGUUGGCGAGAUUCACAUGAAGACGAUGCCGGCCGCCAUGUUCAGACUUCUAACAGGACAGGAGACACCCAUGUACAUAUAAACAAUGGCCAGGGACCGAUCACCAGGACGGGCUGUCAGUCAGCUGUGAUUGGUUAUCUCACCGCGUGGAGUCGAGCUGACCGCUGACAGGAGGAGGAUCUCUUCUUCUCACUGAUUCAUUUGUUCUUUUUUUUCUUUGAGCUGAUGAAUCCUUCAUCAUCUCUUCUUCCCUUGUCUGUGCUUAACAUGCAACGGCCAUUUUAUUGACAUACAACUUUCCCAUCUGACCAGCUGAAGAGACUGUGUGUGUACGUACGUGUGUGUGUGUGUUAUUUAUUUGUCCUGUCUGUGCUUUAUUGUGUCACCUCAGUGAGAUGGUGUGGACAGACUAAUGGAGCGAAUGCAUCACAAUUUAUUUUUUUAUAUUCAUGUAAUGCAAUAUGAUACUUCUACUAUACUUCUUGUAUAGUUUCAUUUCUUCUUUGUUUAUUUAUUUCUCAUGUAAAUACAUAUUUUGCUAAUAUUGGAGGCAGUGGGGAGGGCGGGGCCACGGCUGCGUUGUAAAUACUUCUUGAAUCUUGCUGUUGACAUGAAAGCAGUCCUCGAUGAUGGCAAAAACACAAUGAAUUGCCGGAUGUUGUAGUCGUUGAAAGUGAAAAAGGGGAUGAGUUAAGUGUUUGACAUGUUGGGUUUAAAUAUGCUAAGUUGAAUAAUGUAAAUGCGAAUCAAACCAAUGCUUGCAGCAAGGGUUUACGGGAAGAAAACGCCAUAUCUGUUUGAUUUUCUUCAUUUAACGGCAAUACACAAGAUCAACCUCUGAAGGCAGAAGGAGUCUUUUCUAAAUCUCAUGUACAAACACUCCGCACAUUUAAAUAACAAGCAUCUGAAUCAAACUAUUAACAUGCAUUAAUUAUGCUUUUGAUAUCAACGUCACAUGUAUGAAACUGAACUUUCUUUUCCGUGCUACUCUCCUGUAUGUUCAUCUCUAGUGUUCCUGACUGACGCUCAUGCAUACUAUGAGUGGAUCGUGAAUGUAACUGUGUUGUGUGAGCUGUCCCAUUGCCAUAAGCAGUAUUAGAAUGUCUGUACAUAAAAGAGAAACUCGUCUCGUAUCGUGCUCAUGUUGAAAAAAGAAACACACAGGUUUAGUCACUGCAAACAUCUUCCCACUUGUAUGUUGGCUUUUAGUCUCAAGAGGGAAAGAGAGAACUGUGAAUCACACACACACACACACACACACACACACACACACACACACACACACACACACACACACACACACACACACACACACACACACACACACACACACAGUGACAGAAACAAGCAUUACCGCCUGGUAAUGCUCCUGCAAUGCAUUGUAGUGAAUUUAACCAUAUGAACAUUAUGUGUGUGCAUGCCUUGUGAAGUAGUUUCAUGUCAUUGUGGCAAGAGAAUAAAAUCUGAGCUAAACCUGG